GCAUAUUGCUUGAUUGUUCUACCCCUGUUCCCACUCUACCUACCCCCCUGUAGUCUGUGAACACCGGCACCUCUCAAGUACCGCAUCAGUUCAGACUGAUGUCGACGGAACAGGACACCGGGGCACUGCCACGGCACAGUGCCAGGAUCGCAGUUCGUGCCCGCCCUGCGGUACCUCCAAGACCCAAGAGAUUCAGCAGACGGACGACUCCAGCGGCAUCAAGUACGGCAUUGAUAGUACAAGACACCACCGGAGAUUUUCCCGCAUGCCCGGUCCGAGAGGCCAGCGAGUCUUGGGCUGACUAUCGUGGGCGGCUACAGGCAUUUACAGACGCCGUAGCCGCCGCCGAGGCUCAGCAGGCUGCGGCAGAAGCAGAACGUCAGCGGCUGGCCAACGAAGCGACAGUCGAAGCUCAGCGGACAGCUGAGACUGACGAAGCGGCACGAAACAAACGGAAUGCCGCCAGCACGGAGUCCCUGAUUGCUAGUGAGCAUCAGUGGACAACGGUACUCCAAGGCAUGAUCUUUGUGCCUACGGAAACGCAGGCGGAGCCGACACAGGCGGAGGCAGAGAGAAGUAACCUGGCUAUCGUGAUGUUGAACGUAAUGAGGGGAGUAAUGUGGAACAAUAAACUACUGCAGGCACACCUGCACGCGGAUCGUCAGCAAAGACAGCAGUACCAGCAAGACCUGGCCGCUGUAACGGCCGACGUCCACGACGCAGCUGUGCAGCAGCAGCAACAGCAACAACUGAUGAACUCUACCAUCGCACGCAUCAACGGCAUUGAGGCCAAGGCCUCAGCAGCGCCAGGCUGCACAACGGACGCGAUGAAGCAAAUCAAUGAACGCAUCGAUCACGUCGUCACCAUCAUCGGCGACAUAGGUGUUUUCAACGGACCGGACACGAUCAGCAGCACGGUGUCCGCCCUCAAGACGGACAUCACCAAGCUACAGACGAGACCGGACGCCGCUACAAAGACAUUCAAGAUGCCGCACUUCGACAUCUGCAAGUUCGACGACUACAACAAGUCGGACGCUUUGACAUGGUGGCAACGUUUCCUCACGGAAGCGUCAUGCCGCACUGUCCCGGCCAAUGACAUGUUGAAGGCACUCUAUUUGCAACUGAUUGGAGGAGCGCAGRCAUGGAUGAACCACCUGGCGGCCACCCACAAGUGCACCAUCGCCGAACUCCACACGCACAUCACGUGGAAGGAGUUCGAGCAACUAUGGUUCACCCGGUUCAUGGUCCGCAACGUCGUGAAGGCGGCCAUGAAUGAGGUGUACACAUGCUCUCARGGGAACAUGCCAACUCGAGACUGGACCACGAAGUGGCAAAAGAUAGAAAGGUCCCGCACUGCAGGAAUCGGACUGGGUGGCAAUCAGGGAUUGUCCUGGGGUGGUAAGUAAGAUCACACAACAUGUUACUAACGAGACAGUGAAGACGAAUCUCUAUCAGGUGAAAUGGAAAAACGAGAUUCAAAAAUCAGAAC